GGUGAAUCUGUAAGAAGAAACAAACAUGUGUUUACACCGUGUUACAUGUAGGAUUCUAACGUUUAUUAUAGCAUUAGCUGCCACGGUCAGUGUGUUCGGAGACUGUCCACCUGGCAAGUAUUUGGACACAGGUACAACUCGAUGUGAUGAUUGUGCGGAUAUCUGUGAACAUGCGGAUAUACAAGGAACUGGGAAGGACUGUCAACGAUUAUGUCCAGGAUAUGAGCAGGAUUGGCCAACGACCACUGCGGUGCCCGAGUGUUCUUCAGGCCAGUAUUAUGACAAGGCUAUAUCACAGAGUGACUACUGCAGUGUCAUAUGUGAUAACCACGCCAUUCAGGGGACAACAGCUCAGUGCAAGGAGAAAUGCCCCAAAUACUUUGAGCCGAAAGACAUCCAAGGCCAACAACUGUCAUCAGAAAACAUCGCAGUUAUAACUGUAUGUUGUCUACUUGGCCUGUGCCUCAUCUUGGUCAGUGUGUAUGGCCUCAUAGUGUGUUUCUGUGAACAUCGCCUUCCGUCCAGACUACAGAGGUGUCUCCCCUGCCUUGUAGGUGGCUACAAGAAACCAGUAGAGUGCACUGAGAGUCAUACCGACAGCCCUGGAUCGUCCUCAUUGACCUCCCUUAGUAGUUACGAAGGACCGACUCCAGGAAGCGUAACAAUUCAAAUGCCAGCUCCCGAGGUCGGCUUGACAGACCUCCAGUAUCAGCGUCAAUCAUCAGGAGAUGCAAGAUAUGCCUAACUCACCCUGACACUGUGUCCCACACACCCUUACGUCUGUAAUGUGAUAGCAAAGUCAAAGUCGUCCAGGCCAAGGCCAAACAGAUGAAGAAUGUAAGAGAAGCUGGAUAGCUUUACAAAGAUGUUACCUGCCAUUCGGCGAAGGAAGUUGAUCUCUGUGGAAGGAAGGAGAUGUUACUUAAUACAGGUCAAACUCAGUCUGCCGACGUGAGCCCACCUGCAUGAUACAUAGCACAAGAAGGAUCGUCUAUGUGAUACACAGUUACUUGCUCAUUCUACAGAUAGAUUUCACUUACAAAAAUACCCCUCAGAGAAGGAUGAUACCUCUGUGACACGUGGACCCAAGAACUGUAUUUCCAUCAGCUGAACUGUGUUAGUUGUAAAUAUUCAUUACAUAUCCAAAGUAAAUUGAGAAAAGGGCCCAGGCAUAAUACAGUAAACUACAGUUAUAACGAACACGGUUAUAACGAACUGACGGAUAUAACGAACUUACUUUUUUGGUCCCGACUAUUUGCUGUAGUUAUGUUGUAUAUAUGCUUAUAACGAACUACGGUUAUAACGAACUAAAAUUAGUAGUCCCUUUGAGUUCGUUAUAACCGUACUUUACUGUACAUAAAUUAAUAUCUGAUUUAAUUGCCUUAGAUAGGCAUUUAGGAGUUGGCAGUUUAUAAAGUUGAAAUUGAUGCAUCUUGUGUUUCUAUUAAUUAAAUAGAGUCAAUUUAAGAUCUCAGAUAUCAUACAAAAACUGCAGUCAUUUGUUGCAUUCAUGGCCUAUGGAAGGGUUCUAUGGUGCUACAUCAUGUGUCAAGGCAACUGGUGAAGCAUUUGGGGAGUGCCAUUAUUGCCUUUACCUUCUAUGGCCCAGUUAAUGUUUCCAAGUCGUACAGCAUUGUUGGUGAGAACAUAAACCUGCCGAGGGCAGUUAAAAGAACAUUUAAUGUGUGAAUCCGAUAUACUUGAGGAAUUACAUUGUUAUGUAUGUUUUUAAGUUAGGUCCUUGUUUGGUGGAAUAGUAUUGUCCAACCACAUGUUGUCUUUGUCAUUCUAUCAGCACAUGUAUGUGUAACUUUAUGUCAUUUGUGUUCAUUGUUAGGAGAAUGCAUGUUUUCAUGAGUAAACUAUGUAUAGUGUUCUUCAUGAUCGUUAUUCAUGAUAUGUCAUAUUAAGUUUCAUUUCGACUUCCCCAUAAUUCUGAAACAAAACAGUCAACCAAGUGACUACACUGCCUACACAUUUUGGUCACUGUCUCUGUAAUAACAUACACAUGUACAAUGUGAUAUACUUGUUUGUAAUGUGUUUAUGUAUUGCCAUGUACAUUAUAUUAAAUACUUGUAACUUUCCAUUCCAGUCACAUGUGUGUAAACAUUGAACAUUUACCUGUAAAUAGUGAGUAAGUGAGUGAGUGAGUACUUGUUGUGUUACGUCAAUGUCGGCAUAUUAUUCGAU